GUGCCGGCAGUAACAGCUCCGCGGCGCAACUCAACUAAACUCACUAUACUCUACAAUUCCGUUCCAGUUUAAUACGCGUACUGUCAACGCACACGUUAUAAUUUUUACUACACACAUUUCUAUUCUUUUAUUUAAUUCUAAAAGUGACACCAAGUUAAAUUUGGACAUUGAGUGAAUUGCGUGUUUGGUUUUGUGCAGAAAAAAAGGAAACAAUCAACAAUGUCACGCGAAAUAAAAGAUGCGUCUGAAGACGUCCAUGGACGGACCACUCUCGGUUCGCAAUGGUAACCACAACGUCCUGAAUUCCCCAAAACGUCUGAAUACGAUACAAAACAGUAACGUGACGACUAAUAACUACACGAGUAUCAACCAUACGGAAAAUCUGAUCGACAACGAUACUAAUACCAUCACCGCCGUCCUCGAUGAGCAGACAAACGCACACAACAACAUCAACAGCGGCGUUGUCGACGUGCAAUGGUGCAACGGCGAGUUGACGAAGUCACAGCAGCCAUUGUUACAGCACCGUCCGCUCAACAUCAACAACGGCACGCUGGCUGUUUCGUUGAGGUGCAAGCCGGCGGAGACACCGGCAUCCUCGCCGGACGAUAGCCUCCUGGACUACGAGGAGGCGCAAUCUUCAUCGUCCGCGGACGCAUCACCGCAGGACGAAGACCGCGCCUUUGACAUCUCCGACUCCGAGGACUCAGACGAUGGGAAUCUGCAUCUAGGACGCGGAAUCGUCAAUCCAAACUAUCCGGGCUUUCAACACCUCGCGCAUACGUUAGACAUAGAAUUAGAUCUUGAUUCCGAAGACGACUACGUCACCGAACAGAACGUGAAUAACAACAACAAUCAAAGCAUCACCAUUGACACUGUCAACGAUAAAAUCGAUAGUGUUAAUCGUCUGGAUAGUGUCGAGAAUAUCCAGAAAGUAUUCUACGAUAAACCAGUGUUUAACAUCUGUGAACAACCGCCAGCUACAGAAGAAAUCAAAGAAAGUUUAUCCUGCGGUAAUAUUGUUGGGAAUUUCGGCGAAGAAGUCGAGCGGGAAUUGGGAUUAAUUUACCAGGUGGAAUACGCUGUCGAACACCAACUUGAACAAGCCUGCGAAAAGCUUGCGGUUGUUGAUUUACAACCAGCCGCGACAAAAUACAACAUCGAGCCGAAUAUUGAACAACCUUUCGUUUUUCAAACAGCGGAAGUCAUAGAAAAACCCAUUCUACACGAAUCUGUAACAAUUGUGUCUGAGAAAAUGCAGUGCGAGAAAUUAUCAGACGCUUUUCUUUCCAAUGCGCAGGAUAAACUCCCCGAGUGUGAGUUACACAUCAAAAUGGAGGUUAUGUUGGACGAUUCGAAUCGGAAACAUGACGAAAUCAAAAUGGCGGAUAAGCUCGACGAGAUUGAAAAGUUCUGUAAGGAAGACCAGACUAAAGACGAGAAGGAAAAAGAUGAGGAUAGUGCAGUACCGCGUAAAAAGGAACGAACAGAGACCUAUGUCAAGAAGCGACGUGAUUAUAAUCAGCAGAUCGGCAGUUUGAUGAGCAUCCCACGACGGGAGCUCGUCGGAAGGGGUAGGGACAAUCUAAAUCGCAGGUCCUUGCCGCUAAGUGCCCGAGACAGGAAGAAAUCAUCACCGGAAAUGUUAGGUGGUUUUGAUGUGUACAACAUUGAGACAGCAAUGCCAAAAAUCGAUUUGGAAGUUAUAGAGACACAUCUUCGUGCUGCGCGUGAAGAAGAACGCAGGCGACGCACUGAUCGUGAAGAAAUACGAAGACGUCUUGCAAUGGGCAAUGAAGAAGAUUACUACAACGGAUGUGAUCGCCCGGGGAGGAAACCAAGCUUACAAGCACGACUUCAAAGUGGCAUGAAUCUACAGAUAUGUUUCAUGAACGAAACAGCGUCGGAUACGGAAAGCCCAAGUUCUGAUUCAGAAUGUACACUGGGUAAACCAAAACAAGCUAAGAUGGUAGUUCCAGAAGAGAAGGAAAAGUCUCUACCGCCUGUGAGACCUGCUACACUUUCGAUUGGUCUUCAACAGCCGCAAUCUUUACCCGCGAGUAUGACCGAUACGGAUUUCUUUGCGAAACAAGCGCGUUUACAGACAGAAGCGCGAAUGGCGCUCGCUCAAGCCAAAGAAAUGGCGCGGAUGCAGAUGGAGAUUGAACGACAGCGACAAAAGAAGAGCCCCAUCACGGAAAUGGUGCGACACAGUAUGGAAAAGGUCGGGAUUCCAUUUCCGGAAGAUCGUCGCCGAUUAUCGCGACAAAUUCUUACGGAGAUGAACGUGGCGCAGUUACAAGUGAUCGUUAAUGAUCUACACACACAAAUUGAGAUACUCAACGAGAGUCUGGUGAAGUUUUUGAUGGCGAGGGAUGAUUUACACAUGGAACAAGAUUCAAUGUUGGUGGAUAUUGAAGAUUUAACGCGUUUUCUUGCUGCAAAGGAGCAAAUAAUCAAGGAUCACACCCUCCCCUCGAAUAACAACGCAUCGCCACCAUCACCAGCUCCAUCAUCACCUAUGCACUUUACGCGAAUUAAAAAAUAAAGCAAAUGAAUAAAACUCGCUUCGCCAUUUGUACAGUGAAACCGUUAGUUUUUAGAUUUUAUGAUCAAUUGAUUGUUUGUUAGACUGAUUUACAUAUCAUUUACAUUAAUUUCGAAAAUGUAUCUCGAGAGUUAAAGAAACUAAUAGUAAAAAAGAUAGUGACUAGAAUAAUCCGAGUACUUUCAAGAUAAUUAUUUUACUAUUUAGCUUUAGAAUGAAAGUACGAUUAGAACAAUGUUUGGUUGCCAUAAACGUUUCUCCCCUUAACGAAAUGAAACUAACAAAAACUAUGUAAGAUGUUCAACACCAAUUUGUAAAAUAUUUCAUCGACAACUAUUACCAACAACUGCUUUGAAUGUAAACUGUAUAUAAAUAUCUGCUUUCAAGCGACAUUGCUGACAAGAAACAUAGAAUUUGAUAUAUUAUAAUAUCAGCACAUUAUACAUUCAUAUCGCAUUGCUGUUUUAAGAAUGAUACAACAUGUCAGUACGUAUUAACAAAAGAAAACUUCCUGUAUGAUUCCUAAUUAAAUUUAUAUAGUUAGUCAAAUA